CAAGCUCUCUUUUUCGAAUACUCCCAUUCGACCAUGUUACCUUGAAAUUCACUCGUUGCUCUUCUUAUCCUUCUAUCUACACCAUACCUCACGCACUUACUGUGGGAUAAAAUCAUAUAAUCAGCAAGAUGGCUGCUAAACGGGUCGUUGUCGCGGGUGGUAAUGGUUUCUUGGGUUCGAGAAUCUGCAAGUCUGCCGUCGCUAGGGGCUGGUCGGUCACGUCACUUAGUCGCUCGGGCGAACCGCGGUGGGAUGCCGUCACAGACUCGGUCAGUCGCCCGAGCUGGGCGAGCUCCGUCGAAUGGGCCAAGGCCGAUAUCCUCAAACCCGAGACAUACAAGGCUUUCCUGAAUGGCGCCACGGCCGUGGUCCACAGUAUGGGCAUUCUCCUCGAGGCGGAUUACAAAGGAGUCGUGCAGGGCAGGGAGCCGAUUCUCAGUGGCCUACAAAGGGCCUUCAGCGCCUCGAGGCCUGGCAGUCAGGAUCUCCGGGGGAGACGAGAGGGCGAGCCGCUUGAGGUCCGGGACCGCAGCGGGCAGUUUACAUACGAGCUGAUGAACAGAGAUUCCGCUAUCGCGCUCGCCCAGGAGACACACCACGAGCGGGUUCCUACCUUUGUCUACAUUUCUGCUGCGUCGGGAGCGCCGGUCCUUCCCAGUCGGUACAUCACAACCAAGAGAGAAGCGGAGUCGAUCAUAGCAGCGCAGCUACCGGAACUUCGGAAUGUGUUCGUGCAGGCACCCUUUAUGUACGAUGAGAGUAGAAAGUUCACCCUGCCGAUUGCGCUCGGUGGCUUUGUCGGAUCCCAGGUCAAUGCUCUGCUGGGGAACAAGCUUGAUUUUCUUGGCUCGAUGGUAACUAAGCCACUCAAGGUGGACGACGUAGGGGAAGCUGUGGCAGAGGCCCUCGAAGAUGAGUCUGUUCGCGGAGCAUUGGGGGUACAAAAGAUCGAAGCCCUAGCCACGAAGGCCUGGAGAAAAAGCAUGCUUUGAGCAUUGGUUUAAUCACACGAAUGAUAAAGAGCCCCGGUGUGCAACAAGCCCUUCACAAUGUUGAGGGGUGGACCGACCACUGCUUGAAUCGCUGACUGUUGGCUGUAUUCGAGACGAGUUUGGUUAUUCAAGCAUGAGGCAGCUCUUGGAAGGAUUGCAGAGCGACACUGCUUCAAGGUGGAGUGGAAGCAAUGAAGUGCUGCUGGUAUAGUGUAUUUGUACAGGGAAGGCUACCAAUCGAUACCCCUAGACGAAAUCUUUCCCCUACGAUUUCUGUCAACCUCAGAA